AUGGACCCGGCGGACAGAGCCAAGCUUGUCAAGGAUGCUGAAUUCCUUUUCGAACUCUUGCGCGAAUCACCCGGCCCGAUCGUGAUCUGUAUUGCUCCGUACGCCGAGAAGGAAAAUAUGAAGCCAAACACCAUCGUAAAACGACUGGCUGAAAUCAAGAAGCGUAACAACUUGAACAUCGUCACCACCACCCAGAUCCCUGAGGGUUCCAAACUGACUCUGGGCGCCAAUAAUGAUGCCGGCCAAGCUAAAGUGAAUGCCAAGCGGGACCGUGUCGUCAAGGACGGCAAGGCCAAGGCAGGAGGUGCAAAGGCAAGAAGUGCUGAGGCAGAAGACGUUGAGCACGAGCCAGUCAUUCGCAAGAAGGCGAGGAAAUUCGACUCGGAGGACGACGAAGAAGCCUAUGACAUGCCUGGUAGGAAGGCUAAGAAACUCAAGACUGAAGCGGACCUGAUCAACGAGAGAGAGUGA